AUGGCGGAGAAAUCUCCUGUCAUCAACUACACAUUCACCAGCAGCAUGUCUGGUGUUCUGGAUACCAAGUUCUUCUCCUUGCUAAGCAUCACUUCCUACAGCUCCUUUGCCUUCCACAAGUUUUCUGUGGCCAUUUACAACAUUUCCAACCUGAAGACUGUGGACACCACCAGAUUCCCCACUCGGUACUGCUACUGUCUGAACAACAGGACCAAUGACUUGUCAGAUUACUCUCAAAGGAUAGAUUCCUUGAAGUGGAAUUUCUGGAACAAAUAUUGUGAACAUUUUAAAGAGAAUUUCACAGCCCUACUGGUGGACGUCAUUGGAAAUUCUACCAGCUACCUCACAGAGAUUUUUAAGUCAACUUCCAUCCUCUCAGGGGGCCAUCCUCUGGACACCCCACACCUUCCACGGGAGCUGCCUCCGGGACUCUCAAAAAAUAUCAAUAUCACAUCCUUCCCUGGGGUGUUUAAAAAUGUCGAAAGUGUCGCCGACAUUUUUGACUGCCUGGGCUCCCACUUCACCUGGCUGCAGGCUGUCUUCACCAGCUUCCCUGCGCUGCUCCAGUUCGUGAGUGGUAUGAAGUGUGUGGCCAGUCUCUGCCCCCGGGACUUCGAGGACUACGGCUGUGCCUGCAGGUUUGAGAUGGAGGGGCCGCCUGUGGACGAGUCUGACAGCUGCUGCUUCCAGCACCGCAGGUGCUUUGAAGAGGCCGCUGAGAUGGACUGUCUCCAAGACCCUGCCAAGCUCAGCACAGAUGUCAACUGCGUCAGCAAGAGCAUCACAUGUGAGUCCGGGGACCCUUGUGAGCACCUGCUGUGUACCUGCAACAAGGCUGCCAUAGAAUGCUUAGCUCAGUCCAGGAUCAACUCUUCCCUGAACCAUCUGGACACUUCCUUCUGUCUGGCUCAGCCUCCAGAGACAACCAGCAUGGAAGAGCUGACGACGCUUCUGCCCAGAGUGGUUCCCGUGGAGCCCACGAACACCAGUGCAAUGGCCCUUUCAGGAGAAGGUGAGCACAAGGCGGCCAGUGUGUAA